AUGGACUUUGAUGACUUGAACCUCUCAAGAACCAAAUUCUCUGCAGCUGAAGAUGAACUUCUUAGGAAAACAGUCCAGAAGUACGGAGCUAAAAAAUGGAACACCAUUGCCCAGCAUUUGCCGGGAAGAACUGCUCGUCAAUGCCGUGAUAGAUUUCAGAACUACCUUAGUCCAGAUCUGACUAACGGACCUUGGUCUCAUGAAGAAGAUCUCUUAUUACUUGAAAAAGUUGACGAAUAUGGAUCAUGCUGGUCAAAAAUAAAUAAAUUCUUUGAUGGAAGAUCCCCAAACAAUAUAAAGAACAGAUACAAUACCCACUUGGCAAAAAGUAAAUAUCACAGCAAAAAGCACCUCAAAAAAGUUGCCCCGAGCAUUAAAAAAGAAGAGGAGAAUGAAUGUGAUGUUAUAAAAUUCGAUGCUGUUGUUACAGCAAAGCUAUGGGAAGCAUUUAACUCUCAAGAUUAUUUUUCAAAUAAUUUAGACUUGUUAUUUAUUUUUGAUUGA